AUGUUGGUCUCAUCUUCACAAGGCCUCUUGGCAUUGGCCUUCGUUGUUCGUCUCUGCGAAGCCGCCGGUCCAAGGCCAAAGAUGGAGUGGGAUCCAAACACCAUCUCCAGCUGCAUAGAGUGGUACGACAAUGGCGGCACAGAGACCUGUGAAUAUAUCAGGGAUAUGUUUGGCAUUACCCCAGAGGACUUCCAUGCAUGGAAUCCAUCUAUUGGUUUAGACUGCAAGCCAUGGUAUCCGGUAUCCUAUUGUAUCCUGACCAGGGAGAAAUGGGCUUCUUUUACGAGCACCGCUCGUGUUUCAAAAACUACUUCCACCACUUCCACCACUUCUACGAGUGUAUCUACUCACGUGCCUUCCCCUACAGCUUGGGAGGCCCUUGGCUGCUAUACUGAUGACGAUCCGGCAUGGCCAGUCAUGGAGAAAGAAUACUCUAAGGAGGGUGGCGAUACGUCUCUCAAAGUUUCAGACUGCCAAUCAACAUGCUGGGCCGCCUCUGUCAACCGCACCGUUCUAUAUGCUGGUGUGAAGGAAGGCAAUCAAUGCUGGUGCAGCAGAUUUGUUGCCGGAGAGACGUCUCGAAAUGAGACCGAUUGCAACCUCCCAUGUAGUGGUGAUAAGACGGAGAUAUGUGGCGGCAAGGGGCGUCUUAAUGUCUUCGCGCCUGUAACUGCCUCUGAGUCGCCUAGGUCUUCCACCACAACCAGUGUCAGCUCCAUUGCUACAACUGCGAAAGAUUCCUCUACUAGUGCAACAGCAACUGAUAGAGUCACCUCAGGCAGUGUUAUUAACUCAGCCACUCCCAGUUCUGGGGCUAUGAGAUAUCGUGCAAUGUUUGGACUAUUUGAUUAGACAUGGGAUGUGUAAUAUUUUACAGACAAUGGAGCAAUGCUACAUGUAUAUUCCA